ACGUUGUUAGCUCCGAGCAAAGCCCACGGGAACCGCAUACGAAGGCAAUGGCGGCCACGGCCAGGGACCCCAUGGCGAACCACAGCGACUUCCAGGAGGUGGAAAACGCCGAGGACCUGUUCCCGGAACUGACGGGCGGCCCUCGCGAGGAAGCGGACUCGAGCGGCGAGAGGUCCAACGGGCCCAAGCUUGACUUUGACGAUGACGCAGACGACCUGUUUGCAGAGGCCACAGAGGAGGUGUCGCUGGACAGCCCGGAGAGAGACGUGCUGCUGUCGGACGGCCCGUCGCCCGCCAUCACCCCCGUCACGCCGCCCACCUCCGUCCUCACGCCACGCUUGGCGCACGCCCACGACGACAUGUUUACGCACUCCUCCUUUGAUGAGCUCGAAGAAGAAGAGUCCAGCGAGGCGUCGGCCGUUGCGGUCUCCGUGUCGGACCCCGAGAAAGUGGGCGAGGGCAUGAACGCCUACAUGGCCUACAAGGUGACCACCAAGGCGCCGCCGUCGUCGGCGUUGUUCCGGCUUCCCGAGUUCUCGGUCAGGCGACGCUUCAGCGACUUCCUGGGCCUUCACGGGAAGCUGGCGUCCAAGUACAUGCACGCCGGCUACAUCGUGCCCCCCGCGCCGGAGAAGAGCAUCGUGGGGAUGACCAAGGUGAAGGUCGGGAAGGAGGACCCGUCAUCCAACGAGUUUGUGGAGAAGAGAAGGUUGGCCCUGGAGAGGUACCUGAUGCGCACGGUGCAGCACCCCGUCCUGCUCAAGGAUCCCGACCUCGUGCAGUUUCUGGAGAGUUCCGAGUUGCCGCGGGCCAUCAACACGCAAGCUCUGAGCGGCGCCGGCCUGCUCAGGAUGGUCAACAAGGCCGCCGACGCCGUCAACAAGAUGACCAUCAAGAUGAACGAGUCGGACGCCUGGUUCGAGGAGAAGCAGCAACACUUUGAGAAUCUCGACGCACAACUGCGGAAAGUUCACGCCAGCGUGGAGUCGCUCGUGUGUCACCGGAAAGAGUUGUCCCAGAACACGGCGCAGUUCGCAAAGUCGGCGGCCAUGCUGGGCAACAGCGAGGACCACACGGCGCUGUCGCGAGCUUUGUCUCAGCUGGCCGAGGUGGAGGAGAAGAUGGAGCAGCAGUACCAGCAGCAGGCCAACGCCGACUUCUUCCUCCUGGCCGAGCUCCUCGGGGACUACGUGCGCCUCCUCGCCGCCGUCAAGGGCGUGUUCGAGCAGCGCGUGAAGGCCUGGCAGAAGUGGCAGGACACUCAGCUGCUCCUGCAGAGGAAACGAGAGGCCGAAGUCAAGCUGCACUUUUCAAACAAACCCGACAAGUUGCAGCAGGCCAAAGAUGACAUCAAAGAGGAAAUUGAAGAGUUGGAGGGCAAAGUCCAGCAGGGAGAGCGAGACUUUGAGCACAUUUCCAGAGUCAUCCGCCGAGAAGUCAGUCGCUUCGAAAAGGAACGCGUCAAGGACUUCAAGAUCCUGGUCACCAACUACUUGGAAGCUCUGGCACUCACGCAGCAACAGCUGAUAAAGUACUGGGAAGCAUUCUUACCAGAGGCCAAGGCCAUCUCAUAGAGCGCCCACAAUGCACCAGGCCUCCUUGUUUCCGCGCUAACCGGAAGCUAACGUGCUCAUCGGACACUGUCGGACGCUUACUGAUCCUCCUCCUCGUCCAUUUUUUUCCCUCUCGGUCACCUGACGCGGGGUCGCAACUUGCUUUCACCCCUUCGCGACACUUGACCGCGUCGCAAGCCCAAGACCAUCUCCACGUUGGGUUUUUUGUUUGUUUGUUGUCCAACCCAAAUCGAGGUCAUCUCUUGAGUGGCAGCCGUGUCCAAAUUCAAGAGUGUCAAAGGUUUCAAAUCGUUUGUCUUCACUCGCUGUCUCGUGACUCAAAUGGACCACACUCACCUUCAAACGCUUUCAACGUUCAGAAUGGCCUCAGUUUGUUUUUCAAGUGUCAUGAGCCAGCUGACUAAAUGCUACCGCUAGCAACAACAACGCCGAAUCGCAGACAGUUAAGCUCAUCAAGAAAAGGCGAGUAUUGGCGCCAAAAUGCGAAACCAGAACAAUGUUCAGAAAACGUGACGAAGCCUCGACAUUUUUGUUUGUUUUUAACCACUUGCGUUAAUCACCCAAAUGCUAAGUCGGCUAGCAUGAAAGAACAUUUCAAUUUCUUGUGAUGAGUCCUUUCCUGAUAUGAUUUCAUGAUUCCCCGCCCGCCCACCUUUAAAAGUUCAUCUUAACGUGCGAGCUGGCUAAAGUAGCACGAUCCACCUCGUGGCUGAAAAGAUUCUAGCGCAAAUCACAUGUGAGGCCUCUUUGCGCCAGGUCAAUGGCUGCGGGCUCAACCAAUCAUUCCAAUCGCAAAGGUAAAGUUGACUCGUCUCUGAUCUCUCUGAUUCCGCUUCACAUGCUAAUCCUAGUUAGCAUUUCACUUUUUGAGACCAGCCACUAGUUUGACGACUUUAAUGCUACGCUAGCUCGCAACUAGAUAAAGUGAGGCCUGCCCGGGCCGGCCCUGUGAUUUUAAAACACUUGAAAUGGUGACGAGUAAUCGAUAGCUGCAUGAUAAAUCACGUUUUACGUGUAUUAUUCAAGUCCUCCGCCGAAUCGGUCACCCACCAAUGUUAGGUGGUUCACUAAACGCUAACUAGCUUGCAGCAGGGCAUUCGGUUGCCACGCCUCUCCGUGCUUGCCCAAUAGCCGCUAACGACGUUUCUCCGUUCUCUCUGAGUUAGCGUCACACGCUAAUCAAGUUUGAACGCCAAGACGCCGUUGUGUUUUUUCGGCAGCGGGCAAGCUAGACGGCAAAAUGCUUAUUUUUUUUGCGGCUGAAAUGUGAAAAGAGAAAAGUCGUUUGCCAAAACCGUCCGUAGCGGUGCAGAAUAUUUGUCACAUCAUGACCGAGACGAAGCCUCAAACUCGGAACGUUUUUUUUUUUUUUUUUUUUCGUCUGUUAACCACUGGAAAGCUACGCUAACGAGCAACUUGAUGUCACGAUUGAAGAGCGCAUUUGAAUGAAAUAAAAUGUCAACAUCUUCAACAGUUUUUCAUGACUUUGUCCUAAUGACUUGAUUAUUUUCUUUUUCUCUUCAUUUGACUUUUCGAACAUUUGUCUUUAUUUUUUGCCAAUGAUGAACUUUUUCAUAUUUUGUAACUUUUCUGUGGAAUGACAUUGACCUGUGAUGAAAAAUAAAGAAUGUAUCCUCAUGACUUGAUUUGAACACA